CAUAGCUCCAAAGGGUAAGUGGGCGAAAGGGAGUGCAAGCCUAAGUGUUUCUUCAAUGAUUGCCGAACAGAUACAUAAAGCGUGCGCUUUUGCUUCAUAGCGGGACCGCUUUGCAAUUCCUCCUCACAAAUUGACUCACCUCACCAAUAGCCAGGGUUGACCAAACAAGACAGAAUGAGCGAGAGCGCCGGCACCACUGAUGCAAUCGAAGAUUUCUCCAAGAAUACGUACAAGAGCUUGGAAGAUUUGGUGGCAAAGCGAGGUGGCCAAUCAACUGAUAAAUUCGGUACGCACUGUGAAGAUGUUCGCAUCGGCCCCGACACCACGGAUCCUCAAGACACAGCCUUCGUGGUGCAGAACAGUGACAUAGCCGGUAUUACGGAAGUGAUAUCGCUGACUGAUACCCACUCGAACCGAGGUCUGAUGAUUUUUGGAAUUCACAAUUAUUUGCCUGACAAGGCGAAAUGGUACUCUGUCCAACACGACUUCUACACGGCAGUGCCUGACGAUGGUAGCGUCACCCUUACCGGUGACUAUACAGCUUUCGAACCGUCAACUUUCAAGAUUAACCCUCCCGACUUCCCUGCGAGACAUCUUCAUCAGGCAUACCUGAUGCACGACCAGAAUCAACGAAGCGCCUCCCCUAUCUGGAUAUUGCUGAGCGACGGCCCUUCGGAAACUGUUGGCGGGCUACGCAAUGUCAUGCUGGCGAAGCAUCUGGUAGAUACGGUUCGUUCGCUAAGCCAGAGCAACGACAGACAGUCGUCCUGGCCUUCUAAUUGGCCAAUCGCUGGAGAAGAGUAUUGUGCGCAGCAUAGCAACACCGAAGAUGGUCUCACAACCCAAGGGAGCAAGGCUCAAGAGGAGUCUGUUCCGCACCAUGCGGGAGGCGACGAAGCCUGAAAUCUCGUUCAGUGUCGUUUCGUCAAGGACGCGGACUGAGCUACAUAAUCUACGGAAACAUUGCGGAUGCAUCUUUGAGCUAGG